CAAAGAUUUCAAUAAUAGCAACCACUUGACUCUUGACAUUCAUAACUUUUCCUAUUCCCUUCCUUUCUCCGCACCACUCUUUGCAUUAGAUUCCCAUCUUUAAUCUUUAUUUUCUCCAGAAACUAAAUUUCUUCUCUCAAAUUUCCCACAUUUUUGUUAUUCUGUUUUUUUUUUUUUUUAAGUUUAAACCUUGGGUGACGACUCACUAUUUGCAAAUCUAUUAGUAUAUUGGGUCAGUCCCAAGCAACAAACACUUACCACUCCCUCUUGACCGUUAACCCCCCGCCAUACCCCCGGUUCAUCACUUUUAACGGAGCAUCAUGAACCAAGGGGGUGUAGCCACCACAAAUGGUGGCUCCGGAAGCGGCUCAGUCGGUGUUCGGAUCCAACAAUCCCGAAGGCUACCGGAUUUCCUCCAAAGCGUUAAUCUCAAGUACGUCAAAUUGGGUUACCACUAUCUAAUUUCCAAUCUUUUAACCCUCUGUUUUAUCCCUGCCAUCGCCGCACUAUCGAUCCAAGUUUCUCAAAUGAAUCUUGAUGAUUUACGCCAAUUGUGGCUUCACCUUCAAUACAAUCUAGUCAGCAUCAUCAUUUGCUCUGCUAUUCUAGUCUUCGGGUUAACAGUCUAUAUCAUGACCCGACCCCGACCAGUUUACCUUGUCGAUUAUUCUUGUUACCGUCCUCCCGACCAUCUUAAAGCCCCGUACGGUCGUUUCUUGGAGCACUCUAGGUUGACCGGGGAUUUUGAUGAGUCGUCACUCGAGUUCCAGCGCAAGAUUUUGGAGCGCUCGGGGCUGGGAGAAGAGACUUAUGUGCCUAAAGCAAUGCAUAGUAUUCCUCCGACGCCGUCUAUGGCGGCGGCAAGGGAAGAAGCUGAGGAGGUUAUGUUUGGGGCAUUGGAUACUCUUUUUCGAAACACGAAUGUUAGUCCCAAGGAUAUUGGUAUUCUUGUUGUGAAUUGUAGCUUGUUUAACCCAACCCCUUCAUUGUCUGCUAUGAUUGUGAACAAGUACAAGCUAAGGGGAAAUAUUAGGAGUUUUAAUCUGGGUGGAAUGGGGUGUAGUGCUGGGGUGAUCGCUGUUGAUCUGGCUAAGGACUUGUUGCAGGUUCAUAGGAAUACGUAUGCUGUUGUUGUGAGUACUGAGAAUAUUACUCAGAAUUGGUAUUUUGGGAAUAACAAGUCUAUGUUGAUACCUAAUUGUUUGUUUCGAGUUGGGGGUUCCGCGGUUUUGCUUUCGAACAAGUCCAACGAUAGGAGGCGAGCUAAGUAUAAGCUUAUUCAUGUGGUGAGGACUCAUCGCGGAGCAGACGAUAAGGCAUUUAGGUGUGUGUAUCAAGAACAGGAUGAUGCAGGGAAGACAGGCGUAUCGCUGUCCAAAGAUUUGAUGGCAAUUGCUGGUGGUGCGCUAAAGACGAAUAUCACAACCUUGGGUCCUCUUGUUUUACCUAUCAGUGAGCAGCUUUUGUUCUUCACAACUUUGGCAGUGAAGAAAUUGUUCAAUGCAAGUGUCAAGCCUUAUAUUCCGGAUUUCAAGUUGGCAUUUGAUCAUUUCUGCAUACAUGCUGGUGGGAGGGCUGUGAUUGAUGAACUGGAGAAGAAUCUGCAGCUGCUACCGAUACAUGUUGAGGCUUCUAGAAUGACUCUCCAUCGCUUCGGAAACACCUCUUCAAGCUCCAUUUGGUAUGAAUUGGCAUACAUCGAGGCUAAGGGGAGGAUUCGGAAUCGCAACCGUAUAUGGCAAAUUGCAUUUGGAAGUGGUUUCAAAUGUAACAGUGCAGUCUGGCAAGCUCUCCGGAAUGUAAAGCCGUCUAGUAAUGGUCCCUGGGAAGAUUGCAUUGAUAAGUAUCCUGUGAAAAUAAGCUCCUAGCUGGUAACAUUUUGAGUUAGAUUCAAUUUUUCUCAGCUAGUUGUCAAAUUUGGUUACCAUUGUGUUUCAUCUUUUGCAUUUCUUGCAUGUUUGGACUUCUAUCAUGUAGACUUUGCUCAUUUUGUACUAUAAUUCUCAAUGUAUUUACUAGUCAAUGACAUGUCCGAUACCAACAUUUAUAGAAAUUUUCAUCAAUGUACCAUCAUAGCAUUUCAUCCUGUUCA